GCAUUGCACGGUUUUUGUCAUGGGGAAUCGGUCCUAUAGAACGGCAGUGUACGGCUAUUAGUCUUGAACAUUCGGUUCGAUUUUUUGCAGGACAGGACGGAAAUGUGGCACAAGUGAUUGAUUUAUGGAAGACUCCAUGUUCCGGUAAUCAACUUCUGACAAUGGCAAAGGUUCCAGGGUCUGCUGGCUUUCCAUUGGUUGGAGACAGGUCAUAUGACUUUUAUAAGGAUCCAAUCAAAUUUCAGAAUAAACAUAUGGAAAAUACAAAAUCCAGAGUUUUCCUGUCAAGAUUUCUGAAUAAGCCAACAAUAUUCAUUGGAUCAAAUGCAAUACUACAGGAGGUUUUGAAAGACCAUGCUCAUGAUAUGGAACUUGGCUACAAACAAUUUAUGGGAGAGAUAUAUGGGGAAAACAUCAUUUUUUCAGAUGGUAACUGUGCUGAAAGUUUGAGAGAAACACUAAAACAUUUGUUUACAUCAGAGGCUGUGCAGUCAUAUCAAUCUACUAUUGAUAGGGUUGUGAAAAAGGCCAUAGGAACUUUAGAAGACGGGAAAACGUUUUGUGUCUAUCAAUUUUUCAAGAAGUUGGCUGUAGAAAUCUGCUUAAGUUUAUUCCUGGGUUUAGACUUUAGUGAAUCUGAGGCAGAGGUUAUUUCCCAGCUGACAACGACACACUGGCACGGUAUAAUAUCUGUACCGGUAGCCAUUAAAGUACCCAAGAUGAGUGAGUCAACAUACAGUAAGGCUUUAGAUGCAAAGAGAAAGCUGCUGGAUAUUAUACAAAAAAGACGGGAGGAGAAGUGCCACAGUUUCCCUCAGAAAGUAGAGGCUUUACCUGACCUCGAGGAGAUUCUAGUCAACAAUCAUUUACUGUUGUUUACCUCAGCCCUUGUUCCAAAGGCCCUGUCUUCAAUACUCACAUCUUUUGUAAUAGAAGUUGGUCACAAGGAAAAGAAAGAUUUACAAGAUGAUAUGCUAGAGAAUGAAGAUUUGUUAGAAAGUGUUGUAUUAGAAGUACUAAGAUUAUACCCACCUUUUAUUGGUGGCAGGAGGGUUAUAGCUCAGGAGUUUACAGCUGGAGGUUACAGGAUGCCUGCUGGUCAUGCAAUACUCUAUCUAACCUACCUCGCUCAAAGAGAUCCUACUGUGUUUGAUAAUCCGGAUGAAUUCAAGCCAGGUAGAUGGCAUGGCAAGAAUAAAGAUGAUCGUGAUAAAUUGUUUUGUUUUGGUUCUGGUCCAAGAAGCUGCCUAGGUCAGAAAUUAGUUUGGACUAUAAUCAAGACUGUGAUAAAAGAAUUGAUGACAAAUUUCAAGUUUACGUUAGAACCAGGACAAGAUCUUGAACAUAAAUGGCUGCCAGUAUCUAGGCCAAAAGGCAACAUACUAGUCAAGUUAGAAACCAGGCAAACAGAUGGUCAGAAAUUAGAUUCCUAGGGAGGAACUAAUACUCAACAAGAAAAGAAGACCUCCUAUUAUUUUAUAUUUUGUUGAAAGUUUAUUUUAAUAUGUAUAUUUAUUUUGCUAUACACUUUAUGAUCUUAUUACAUUUUUUUAUUUAUAGACCCAAAAGAGUUUGGGAUUUACAGUGUUAUGCACUUGAUCGUCAGUCAGUCCAUUCAUUUGCAGUUUCUUGUUAUCCCCCGCCAAAAAGGCGGCGGGGGAUAUAGAAAUAGUGUCCGUCUGACCUUCCGUCUGUCCGUCCGUUCUUCCGUCCGACAUUUUUGUCCGGAGCAUAUCUCUUAAAGUAUUUGAGUUAUCAACUUGAAACUUCAUAGGUGGAUAGACCUCAUUGAGGAGGAGUGCAGUGCACAAGAAUGAUAACUCUACCCUGCAUAAUUUUUGAGUUAUUGCCCUUUGUUAUUUUUAUGCCACCGCAGCAUCUGCGAUGCGGUGGCAUAUAGCGAUUCACCUGUGUGUGUGUGUGUUUGUUUGUUUGUUUGCGUGUGUUUAUUGCCCAAUCUCGCUACAUUGACCUGUAAACACACCAACAAAUUGACUACAUUUUGGAAAGUCACUACAUACACUCGUGUAGUGAUUUUCCUAAUGCCUUUAAAAAUGCUCUUUUCUUCAUAUUUUGUUUGCUAGUCGAAAAUUUUGAAUAUGUGCAAUUUUCCAUGUUAAACUGACGUUUUAUACACGUCCCUGUUAACUGAAUUUUUGAUGCGUACACACUUUUAUCCAAACGCGCACCUGCUACCGGUGUUAUGGUAAGAAUGUCCCGCGAAACGUCCACCAUAUUGAACUCGAAGGACAACGUGUUUUUUUUUAUAGUUAUUGAAAAAGGUUUAAUAUUUCGGAGAUACAAGAUAUUACAGACGUAUAAGGUAAAUAUAUAUAUAUUUUCUAUGGACAUUAUUUGUCAGCUAUAGUUAUAAAAGCUUCCUUUCGGGCAUUAAAUUAACAUUCACUCAGGGUUCUCACAAUCUCGAUGACGCAGCCAUGAUCCAGAAUUUGUUUAAAAUAAUCAUGAAAUACUAAAAUAAAAAGAUUCUAUUUUAUGUUAUAUAAUUAAAAUCAACAACAACUAGAAUAUUGGAUGCUAAUGCAGAAAACAAAUUUCAUUUGUCACACAAUUUCGCGAUGCCGCUUUUUAUAAAUAAAAAAGGGUCACCAAAAGGAAGAAAGUUUUGUUU